UUUGUAGGGAGACCGCAGCGCCGGGCAGCCGCGCCGCGCCGCGCCGCGCCUGCCGCCCCGCCGCAGCAGCAGCGAGCGCCGGGGCUUUCCAGGCGGCCCCGAUGACGGGCUGGUAGGGCACACGCUGAUCCUGCCGGCAAGCGCCUUGCACGGCAGAGGCGUUGAUCAGUGUAAAGUGAAGAUCGCAUUUUAUAUGAGAUCUUGACUUUUUUUUUUUUCUUACAGUAUAUUUUUGUACACUUUGUUAUAAAACAUGGUGCUGGGGAAGGUGAAGAGUUUGACAAUAAGCUUUGACUGUCUCAAUGACAGCAAUGUCCCCGUCUAUUCUAGCGGGGACACCGUCUCAGGAAGGGUCAAUUUAGAAGUUACUGGGGAAAUUAGAGUAAAAUCUCUUAAAAUUCAUGCAAGAGGACAUGCAAAAGUACGUUGGACUGAAUCUAGAAACGCUGGAUCCAACACUGCCUAUACACAAAAUUACACUGAAGAAGUAGAAUAUUUCAACCAUAAGGACAUCCUAAUUGGGCACGAAAGAGAUGAUGAUAAUUCUGAAGAAGGCCUUCACACUAUUCAUUCAGGAAGGCAUGAAUAUGCAUUCAGCUUUGAGCUUCCACAGACACCACUUGCUACCUCAUUCGAAGGCAGACAUGGCAGUGUGCGCUAUUGGGUGAAAGCCGAAUUGCAUAGGCCUUGGCUUCUACCAGUAAAAUUAAAGAAGGAAUUUACAGUCUUUGAACAUAUAGAUAUCAACACUCCUUCAUUACUGUCACCCCAAGCAGGCACAAAAGAAAAGACUCUCUGUUGUUGGUUUUGUACCUCAGGCCCAAUAUCCUUAAGUGCCAAAAUUGAAAGGAAGGGCUACACCCCAGGUGAAUCAAUUCAGAUCUUUGCUGAGAUUGAGAACUGCUCUUCCCGUAUGGUGGUGCCAAAGGCAGCCAUUUACCAAACACAGGCAUUCUAUGCCAAAGGGAAAAUGAAGGAAGUUAAACAGCUUGUUGCUAACCUGCGUGGGGAGUCCCUGUCAUCUGGCAAAACAGAAACCUGGAAUGGCAAAGUGUUGAAAAUUCCACCUGUUUCCCCUUCUAUCCUUGACUGUAGUAUAAUCCGUGUGGAGUAUUCACUAAUGGUGUAUGUUGAUAUUCCAGGAGCCAUGGAUUUAUUCCUUAAUUUACCACUGGUCAUUGGUACCAUUCCUCUACACCCAUUUGGUAGCAGAACAUCGAGUGUAAGCAGUCAGUGUAGCAUGAACAUGAAUUGGCUUGGUCUGACCCUGCCUGAAAGACCAGAAGCACCUCCUAGCUAUGCAGAAGUGGUCACAGAGGAACAGAGACAGUCCAGCCUUGCACCCAUAGCUGCUUGUGAUGAUUUUGAGAGAGCGCUUCAAGGACCAUUAUUUGCAUACAUCCAGGAGUUUCGUUUUCUGCCUCCACCUCUCUACUCAGAAAUUGAUCCAAACCCAGAUCAGCCCACAGAAGACAGACCAUCUUGUCCCUCUCGUUGAAGGAAUCCAUAAUAAGCUGACUUGACUUGGGUUUUGAAUCAUACCUGCCGUGUUGAAGAUCAAGGCAUCACAGUGGAGAAACUCUCAAAGGAAGUGGUAUUGCUCUUGCCUGUAUGGUGAACAAAUGAAAACAACCUGUGAUCACGCUUAGAAGCCUACAGCAACAUCAUAGGACUGCUCCACAUGCUUGAAGACCUGAGCUUUUUUUUCCCCUUAAAUACUGGCACAUACUAGGAGCAGCCUUUCUAGCCUACAGUCGUGUGUCAAAACACUCACCACGUUGUAAGAGAGGGAUGGUUUCCUAUUAUGAUUUGAAAAUUUGCACAUGCUCAUUGCUUACAUUGUGCGAUUCAGUGUCACUACAGCUUUUUCUCACUUAUGCCUGACUGUUGUUACCCCUCUUACUUGUUCGUGGUCUGCACAACAAGGAGCAAAAGAAAAGCUUUGACAAAAAAAAAAAAAAAAAAAAAAAAAAAAAAAAAAAAAAAACAGCAACAAA